CUCACGUGCGCACACUUCAGCUACAGGAUCUCCAUGGAGAGGGGCGUGGUGGACCUUCAAAUUGGAGGACGCCUUGAUCGAUGGUGGAGAAUGGACUGCAAGCUGCUGUGAUCGUGAAUAGUCAUCUAAAUCCAUGAUGUCGCUCUUAUCAAGCUACAUGCAUCACCAAAAUACUUCACACAGCUGGGAUGCUGCAGCCAGAGCUGAGAAUAGAGUGAUUGGGCAGCUAGCUGAAGCAGACAUGGACAAUUUUGUUGCACAGAGAUUACCUCCUCUGCUCAGAGAAAAACAGCUCAGAUGGAAUGAAUCUGACAAAAUAUUUGCUUCACAGUGGCUUUCAGAAGACCAUGUGGUAGUGGGUACAAAAUGCAACAAGUUGUAUCUGGUAGACACUCAGAGCACAGAAGCUACUAUAUCUUCAGUGGAGGUACCGACCCUCUCCAAUACACCGUUGGAACGCAGUCAAUCCUCGGGUAUCCACAGUGUGUCAAUGAGUCCUAAUGGGAGAUACCUAGCUACCAGUGGAAAACAUCCCAAUGACCUGGCCAUCUACCAAUUACCUCAACUAGCACCCUUACAACUAGGACAGGCUCAUACAGAUUGGAUAUUUGACAUACAAUGGAUUUCUGAUUCGUUAGUUAUCACUGGUUCAAGGGAUGCUACCAUGGUACUUUGGGCAAUAAAAGAAAAGGAUUCCACUCACUGCCUAGCUGAGCAGACGACAUUGUUUGAUCCACUCUUCCACUUUUCUAAUGUUCGCUCCCUACCCUCGGACUGUGGAGAGAGAGUAAGGAGCCUUGCCUUCCACAAAAACUCUCUGGAACUUGGAUCUCUCCAAACGAAUCCAUGUGGUGCUUCAGUGCACUUUUGGGAUGUCUACACAUUUCAACAGGUCAACAACUACCAGAUGCCUUUUUGUGCUGAGAAUGUGUGUUUGGAAGUGGACGAUUAUGGCACUGGACUUUAUGCUGUUGGAUCACGAUCACAUGUCACUCUGAUAGACAGUCGAGUGGCUUCCUCACAGCCCCCUACGGCAUUUCGAUCACCUGAUAAAGACUGUGGCGUAAGAUCACUUAAUUUCAACUCUGGACUGUUAAGUAUGGGUACUGGAGCUGGACAUGUAUAUUUUUACGACUUGAGAGCUAAAUCGUAUCUUCUUGAGGAUGAGUUGACCUAUAAGAAGUGUUUUCUUCAAUCCACACCAGGAUGGCUUCGUAAAGACCAGACAUAUCGUGAUUUCUUCAGUGGCCUACCUCGGCCCCCCAAUGCAUUGUAUACUCAUAGUUAUAGUCCAAUGAGAACUAAGAUAUUCACUGCUGGUGGACCAUUACCCUUAGGUCUCUAUGGUAACUAUGCAGCUGUGUGGAUUUAGUCGUU